AUGUCGGAGAAUGGAGACUACGAGAGUGUCAGCGACACCUCUGCAGAGGAGGCUGCCUUUGAGGUCUUGUCCCAGACCAGUUGGCUAGAGAAGAUUUGCCUUUUUGUGGGUGGCUUCCUGGCGCUGCUACAGGGCGCUUCUGCCCCCUUGAUUGCCAUGUGGAUCGGGCAGGCGAUAAACAUCCUCACCACCAGCAGCGCAGGCAUGAUCUUGGAGAACAUUCGCGGGGUGCUCUUGGCGAUCGCCGCCUUGGCCCUGGCACAGUUCUUGACCGCCUGGGCCUGGCAAACCUGCCUCAUGUGGGCCUCCUCGAACCAAGCGCUCCGCUGGCCCGUUUUGUGGCGAACAUGUUCAGAGGAAGUGGACCUCCCUGGCUUGGCCGAAAACAUCCGGGUGCGGAUUUUCACCCAGGAGAUGGAUAUAGCCAUGGUCCAGAUCUUCAUGUCUGCAGGGCUGGGAUUUCUAAUUGCCAGCUUGGGGCAGUUUGUCUCUGGGCUGGUGGUGGCCUUUCUGCAUGGCUGGCAGCUCACCCUCAUCGCCACCAGCUCGCAUUUAGGACAUCAUGAAGGUACGAGCUUAACAUGGUAUGAAGAGCACGUUUGUGCCACCUUGCCCUUCCUGAUCUGCACAGGGCAUGGCUUUGCGAAGCAGCUGGAGCGACAGGCCACCGAGCAGGCCAAAGACUUUGCAAAGGCCUCCACCGUGGCGGAGGAGUCUUUGAUGGGUGUUCGCCACCUGGCCCAGCUGAUGCGGACCUUGGACUCGGACGGGAUGACUCGUGUUUGGGACCAGAAACCCAUGAAGUGGAUCAGCGGAUCGCUACCUUUGAGGCUUCCGUGCACCGUGGCGGCCUUCGGCACGGAGGAGUUCCAGCAGCGACGCUUCGGGGCGCACCUGGACACCGCGCGGCGCGGCGGCGUGCGCUCCGGGAUCCGGAUCGGCAUCUUCUGGGGUUUGCAGAACUUCUCCUUCGCUGUCCUCUAUGCUGUCACCCUUUGGUUUGGCGGGCAUGUCUUGAUUGCGGGGAGGAUGAAAGACCACCAGGACGCGCAGGUGAAUGGUGGCGACGUCAUCGUUGUGCUGAUCGCGCUGAUCACCGGGAUGACGGGUAUCUCUACCUUUAGUGGCUAUGCACCUGGAUUGUUCAAGGCCGUGGCUUCCGCGAAGUCUUUGAAGGAGAUGAUUCGCUGGAAGGAUCGCGACAUCGAGCCAGACCACUUCUGGGACGAAGAGGCCUCUCCCAGCUUGGCAGAUUUGCAGAGCAUUGAGUUCAGAUCGGUGGUCUUUAACUAUCCUCUGCAGCCAGAGAAGGUGGUGCUGAGUAAGCUGAGCUUCUUCAUCUCCAAAGGUCAGAAAGUGGCCUUUGUAGGUGAAAGUGGCUGUGGGAAGAGCACCACGAUCCAACUCAUUCUGCGUUUCUAUGAUCCCAAGUCUGGGGAGAUCGUGAUUAACGGCACCCCCUUGCAGCGGCUGCCCGUUCGGUCCUGGCGACGGAUGCUGGGCUACGUGGGCCAACAUCCGGUGCUCUUCGCCACCAGUGCGAUGGAAAACAUCAAGGCUAGCGGCCAAUCGGCUAGUGGCUACAUAAUCCACGUUGCAGACAGAGUUUUGCAUGGCUUUGGACUUUUUAGGGUGGGCGAACAGAUGGAGAAGCUGUACGAACACGCAGGUGGCAUGCUCUCGGGCGGCCAGCGGCAGCGCGUGGCCAUCGCCCGCGCGCUGGCGCGCAAGCCGAAGGCGCUGCUCCUGGACGAGGCCACCAGCGCCUUGGACAACGAGUCGGAGCGCAUGGUGCAGGAGACGCUGGACUGCUUGGAGGAGACGCUCGGCCGGGCCUUGACGACCAUCUCCAUUGCGCACCGACUCACCACCAUCGCCAAGUCCGACAUGAUCUACAUGCUGAAGGAGGGCCAUGUUUGUGAGCAAGGAACUCACCAAGAGCUGCUUGGGCGUGCCAGCUCUGGUUUUCUUUGGAACCUACGGGGACCUACGGACCUACGGUUUCUUUCAAGCUUGCAUGCUGAACAGAUCCUGAAACUUUGA